GGAAGUCGGCGGACACUGCGAGCCAUAUCUUCGAACGGCACUGUGAUGAUGAAGCGAAGCAUCUUGCUGCUGUCAAAUAUUGCCGUCGCGGCGAUGGAGGGAUGGCGGAUCGACGGCUGGUUCAACUGCUCCGCCAACACCGUUCCGUCAUAAAACGAGCGGCACAACACGAUGCAAGUGGCAACUGAGUGCGCCUUGAUAGAGCUUCCGUUGUGCUAUCCAGCCAUUGCUUCAUGCCACAGUGACCGACUUAUUCAAGUAUUUGUGAAACGAAUGCUGGGGAACUCGUCGAGAGUCGACAAGGACGUAUGGGUGCUGCAAGGAGGCCCGGGGGCGUCAUCUGUCGCCAUGGAGUAUAUGAUGCUCGACUUGUUUACGACCACGAACGGGACAGCUAACAUUUACACGAUGGAUCAUCGGGGAACCGGACGCAGCCACCCCUUGGAAUGCGUCGCGGCGCAGGCGUCCACGCCCGGCAGUGCCGAAGGAGAUGCCAUUUCGAUCGACGAGCUGCCUGCAUGCAUUCGCGACGUUUUGUUUCAGAUCGGUGCGUGCUCUUUCAAGGAGAUGCACUCAGGAUGGUGGCAGAUGGACAGACCGCGGCGUUUUCGAUCACAAGCGCCGCGACCGAUCUAUUCAUGCUGACGAAGGGAUUGCGGCCAAGUUCCGACCAUAAUGUGAUCGUGUACGGGGCAAGCUAUGGAACGUUGCUGGUGGAGCGAGUGAUGCAGCUUGGUCCAGGGCACAUCCAAGGCUUUGUCUUGGAUGGUGUUGUCGCCCAAGUGAACCACAGCUUUGCACAGUUUGACCACGACAUCAACGCUGCCGGUAGUCGAUUCCUCGAGAAAUGUGCUCGAAAUUCGUUCUGCCACUCCAAGUUUCCAGACUUUGUUACGGGCAACAUCCCGUUGGGCCGCGUUCUCUUGCGCAUUUACGAGCGCCUGGAUGCAAGGCUUCCUGGCGGGGUCGAUGGAUCCCUGUGUCGACCGGCGGCAAACUGGACCGACACGCCACCGUCCAACACUCUUCGACGCUUCCUCACGACUCUUCUUAUGAGCGCCACCCUCCGCACAAUGAUCCCGGCCGUCAUGUACCGAUUGCACCGAUGUACUCGCGAGGAUGACCACGUGCUGACGUUCAUGCAGCGAAAAAUCCAACGACCAUCCCAUGGACAUGGCAGGACCAUUGUGCCCAUCCACGGACUCGUCGGGGGUGACGAACUGCUCGAGUUCACCCCGAUGCUGUAUAACUUGAUCGUGUUCUCGGAAGAGUGGUCGUACCCGACACCGAGCCAAGCCGAGAUGAAGCGCUACGUCGAGUCCCAGCCGUUUGGUCUGGGGGUGUACGACCUCGUUCCAGCCUACUGCGUCGCAACCAACUACGCCGAUGCUGCUUGCCAAGCCCACAGGCCUGCCUCACGGACCCGAGCGCUACCUCCUCCAUUCACUUAUGCCCGAGAUGCCUACUUUAAUCGGACGUCGACGAUUCCUCUGCAUGCGUCAGUCCUCUUUCUCAGUGGGACGCUCGACCCACAAACGGAAAUUCACCACGGACGCGCGCAAUAUGCCGCGAUCAACGGCACGCAGAAACGCUGGAUUGAGUUUCCAGAUGCCCCGCAUUGCACAGCGUUCCAAACGCCCAUGAUGAAGGGUGAUGUUCACUGCGGGGUGUAUGUUGUGGCGUCCUACGUGAUGGGGUAUGGCAAGUUGGAGUUAGUCAACACGUCGUGCAUGGCAAAGCGGGUACCCCUUAGCUUUCACGUGCCUCCAAAGAUAGCACUGGCGUACUUUGGCACGACUGAUGCUUUCGAUGGCGAGCUCAACGUGGCUGCGCUCGACGACAUCGCUGUCUCCCUGAAGGCAGUCCCUGCCAUUUCCCAGUCGACCGGCCCUAACCCUGAUUCGAAGGAAAUGCUUGGAAGCGCGGUAUACCUACCUAUCAUGUUCAUCGUAUUGGCUGGCAUCGUUAUGCAGCGGCGCCAAAGGAAUCGAGCGGACGUCACGGCUGCCGUGGUGGAGCUCGCGCCGAGUACAUUGGUUGGGCAACUGUGAAAGGUUUCCGGAUAAAAAUGUAACCACCUCGUUUAUCCGCAA